GGUGAAACAGUGAGAUGUGUCAAAAGCCAGGGAUNANGUCCAGGCAUGAUGGUGCAUGCCUUUAAUCCCAGCACUGAGGAGGAAAAGGUGGGAGGAGGAGAGAGACAUUAGUGCCAGCCAACCUGGCCAACCCUGUCAUUAAAAAUAAGAUAUGAAAGUGAGAAUUAAUACUAGUGAGAUAGAUAUAAAGCAUACUUACNGCUAUUCACUGAACUCUGGCGUAGGCUGCUAGAGGACUCCCAACUCUGUGUAGGCAUUAAUUCCUAUCCUCAGUCUCCUGUGACCUUGGAGGGACAUGUUAGUCGGCUCAAAUCCAAGUGUGUGUGAUUGUAGGAGUCAGUGACCUUUGAGGAUGUGGCUGUAGACUUCACCCAGGAGGAAUGGAUUUUAUUGGACACAAAACAACGGAACCUUUACAGAGAGGUGAUGNUGGAGAACUACCAGAACCUGGCUACACUAGGAUGUCAGCUCAUCAAAUCUAGAUCCCGCUUUUGCUUGGAGGCUGAAGAGUUGAGAGUAGUCAUGGGAAGAGUUCUCCAAGAAUGGGGUAUGCAACUUAACACCAGAGGGACAAUAUUUCAGCAGGAUAUUUUUCAGUUAAAAAUGUCAAAUGAGAUACAACUGCCAAAUAGCCAGAAUGGAAAGGAGCUCUGUGACUUUAAGCCCCCUGAAGAAAUUGUCAAAACCCCUUCAUGCAGUCUGACACAUACAGGGAACAUUUAUGAUUGUGUUCAGUAUGGACAACUCUUUCCUAUUCAUCCUAAGGAGACUUCCUCUGCAGACACCGGUCCUGAAUUACGCCAGUAUGGAAAAGACUUAAGUAUGAUUGAAAGUACAGCUUACCAGACAACAUGUGUACAAAACAAAUUCAUUGAUUCCAGUGAUUUUCAGCAAGUCUUUGAUAGUCAGUCCUCCCUUCAGAGNCCUGGGAGAAGUCACAGUGAAGACAAACUCUUUGAAUGGGUACAGUGUGGUGAUACUUUUAGUCCAGCCAUGAGUCAUGCUGAGAGUGCUCAAACCUACAAUGGGAAAAAAUCCUAUGAAUGUAAGGAAUGUGGGAAGAGUUUUAAAUAUUCUGCCAACCUUAAUAUUCAUAUGCGUACUCACUCUGGGGAGAAACCUUAUCAAUGUAAGGAAUGUGGGAAAGGCUUUUCUAGGUGUUAUCCACUAACUCAGCACUUAAAAACUCACACUGAGGAGAAGCCCUUUGAAUGUAAGNUUUGUGGAAAAUGCUUUAGAAAUUCUUCAUGUCUUAAUGAUCACUUUCGGGUUCACACUGGAAUAAAACCCUAUAAAUGUAAGGACUGUGGCAAAGCCUUCACAGGGCGUUCUGGCCUUAGUAAACAUUUACCAACACAUACUGGAGAGAAGCCUUACAAGUGUAACGAGUGUGGGAAAGCCUUUACUUCAACCUCAGGCCUUAUCAAACAUAUGAAAAGUCACAUGGGAGAGAGACCCUUUGAAUGUGAUCACUGUGGAAAGGCCUUUGCUUCUUCCUCAACCCUUAUUACACAUUUGAGAACACACACUGGAGAGAAGCCCUUUGAGUGUCAAGUAUGUGGGAAGGCAUUCACAUGUUCUUCUUAUCUUCGCAUUCACAUGCGGACUCACACUGGAGAGAAGCCCUAUGUGUGUAAGGAGUGUGGCAGAGCCUUCAGUGAGCGCACAAGCCUUACUAAACAUUUACGAACACACACUGGAGAAAAUCCCUUUGAGUGCAAUGUGUGUGGAAAAGCAUUUGCAUGUUCUUCCUACCUUCACAAUCACAUACGAACUCAUACUGGAGAGAAACCUUAUGUAUGUAAGGAAUGUGGGAAAGCCUUCACUGUUUCUUCACAUCUAAGUAAACAUGUAAGAAUUCACACNGGAGAGAAACCCCAUAAGUGUGAGGAGUGUGGGAAAGCAUUCACUGUGCGUUCUGGCCUUACAAAACAUAUACGAACUCACACUGGGGAGAAGCCCUACAAUUGUAAAGAAUGUGGGAAAGCGUUUACUACAUCCUCAGGCCUCCUUGAACAUAAAAGAAGUCACACAGGAGAGAAGCCAUAUGAAUGUGACCAGUGUGGAAAGGCCUUUGCUUCUUCGUCCUAUCUUAUUGCACAUUUGAGAANUCACACUGGAGAGAAGCCCUUUGAGUGUAAGGAGUGUGGGAAAGCAUUUACUUGUUCCUCCUACCUUCAUAUUCANAUGCGGNCUCACACUGGAGAGAAGCCCUAUGANUGUAAGGAGUGUGGGAAAACGUUUGCUGUUUACUCUCAUCUAAGUAAACAUGCAAGGAUUCACAGUGGAGAGAAAGCCUACACUUGUAAAAGUGAUGGAAUAGCCUUCAGUCGUUCUCAUCGUACUGAACACAUGAAAAGUCUUGAGAUAAAUUCUUUUGUUGGAAGGGAUGAAGAAACUGCUUUAGGAAGUUCUAUUGCUUUAGAGGUACAUCCAAAUUCACAGUGCAAAAAAGCUUGUCAGUGUAAGCCAUUUAUAAAGUGAUUAUUUGUAUCCUAGUUGUUGGUAUUCUGUCUAAACUCCACCCCCACAGUUACCUGGCAACAGCCAGGUAGGCUUGGCCCAGUAUAAAAGGAGCUGCUUGACCCCUCCUUUCUCUCUUGCUCUCUUGCCUCUCUCUCGCCUCUCUCUUGCCCCUUGUGCCCCCUUCCAUUCUCUUCCCCCAUCUCUCCAUGUGGCUGUAGCUGGCCUCUACAUCUGUACUCUCUCCUUCACUCUGCCUCUGCUACCAUCUAAACUCCCCUCUUCAUACCCUGAAUAAACUUUAUUCUAUACUAUACUGGUGUAUGUCUGUUCCCUCAGGGGGAAGGGAUGCCUCUGCAUGGGCCUGCCAUGGUACCUUUUUCCCCCAUAGCUCUUUCUCUUUUUAUGAUCACAGCACUAGUUGACUUCAAAGACAUAAAAGAAAUCAUGUUGCAAAGAUGCCUCAUGAACUUAAUGGGGGAAGUGAUCAGAGUGCUCAAAACCCAGCUCACACAAACUCACUUUGAAGCUUCACAAAGUCAGUAACAUGGAAAGUCUUCACUGUUUCUAUGGUUUUUUAUAAGUAUGUGAGAGAAAUUCUGUUAACAGACAAUGUGGAAAAUUGUAUUUCUGCUCAGUUCUUUGAUGAUUUCCCACAGUACAAUAGUGGAGGACUUUGUAAAAGUAAGAAAUGUGGGAAAGUAAUCAUUUACAUUAGUCAUCAUCAUUCAAUAAAGUGAUUCACAUUUGGAAAUUUUCAUGUAUCAAAUAUUGGGGAUUGCUUGUAUGUCUUAAGAUUUUAUAUAUUAGCAGAAAUGACUUUCUUGGUGGUUUUAUAAUCUUAUUUUCGCCGUUUUUUUCAUUUUCAAUUUUUGAGAUUUU